AUGAUUAGUGAUACUGAUGGUCUCGAUAAGACGAACCAGAAUGGGAGUGUGCCUUAUAAGAAGAACUUCGACACAUGUUACAAAUAUGAUGAUGGAAAUAAUAACGAAAAUGAUAACGAAAAUGAUAACGAAAAUGAUAACGACAAUGGCAACGACAAUGAAAACGAAGUUAUUAAUAAAAACAAAGUGGGAAAACUUAUUUCUGAGAAGUACUUGUCUCAGUUUAUAAAUGAAGAUAUUUUUUUCAUAGGAGAGGUUGUUGACAUACGAGAUAACUUAAUUAAUUUAAAAUCGGUUAAUGGAAACUGUGUCGAUUGUGUUGUUAGGGAAAAACUCGUAAAGACAGACUCCAAGUACAUAGGAAUAAAAGGUACCGUAUCAGAUGAUUUAAAAAUAAUUGAAACGAGGGGUAUCAUCUUUUUAGAAGACGUUAAUUUUGAAGUGGUCAAUGAGUACAUAAAUAUCUACAUGCAGAAUGCAAAUUCGGAUGUUUUUUUAUCGUCCUACUGA